AGCCGUGCGGGCUUUAAACCGUUAACGGAGCUGCAACGGUGUCACGCUGAUUGUUCUACAUGUGUAUGUUCUACACAUGUAGAACUAUAUGGUUCCGGCUAAUUCCGCGCGUGGGGUCCUUAACUGAGGCGAAGUCGCCACGUUACGGGCUCGUUCUCUGUCAACGAGGCCCGAAGGAGGCGCUUCCUGUGUGCGUGUUUUUAACGGACUCCCAAAGAUGUCUCCGAAGAUCAAGGCGGGCUCGGUGGUGGAGAUGCAGGGAGAUGAGAUGACUCGGGUCAUCUGGGAGCUCAUCAAGGAGAAACUGGUCUUCCCGUACCUGGAGCUCGACCUGCACAGCUAUGACCUCGGCAUGGAGAACCGAGACGCCACCGACGACCGGGUGACGGUGGAGGCGGCGGAGGCGGUGCGCCGCUACAACGUGGGCAUCAAGUGCGCCACCAUCACGCCGGACGAGAACCGCGUGGAGGAGUUCAAGCUGAAGCAGAUGUGGCGGUCGCCCAACGGCACCAUCCGUAACAUCCUGGGAGGGACCGUGUUCAGGGAGGCCAUCCUGUGCAAGAACAUCCCGCGCCUGGUGCCCGGCUGGAUCAAGCCCAUCAUCAUCGGCAGACACGCCCACGGAGAUCAGUACAAAGCCACAGACUUCGUGGUGCCCGGGCCUGGGAAAGUGGAGAUGACCUACACCCCCACCAACGGGGAGCCGGUUAAAUACGUCAUCCACGAGUUCAAGGGCACGGGGGGUGUCGCCAUGGGGAUGUACAACACAGACAGUUCCAUCAGGGACUUUGCCCACAGCUCCUUCCAGAUGGCUCUGACCAAAGGUUGGGCUCUGUACCUGAGCACCAAGAACACCAUCCUGAAGAAGUACGACGGUCGCUUCAAGGACAUCUUCCAGGAGAUCUACGAGAAGGAAUAUCGCACCAAGUUCGAGGCCAAAGGCAUCUGGUACGAGCACCGUCUGAUCGACGAUAUGGUCGCACAGGCCAUGAAGUCCGAGGGAGGCUUCAUUUGGGCCUGCAAGAACUACGACGGAGACGUACAGUCCGACUCCGUGGCCCAAGGCUACGGCUCCCUGGGCAUGAUGACCAGUGUGCUGAUCUGUCCCGACGGACGCACCGUGGAGUCUGAGGCCGCCCACGGCACGGUGACCCGCCACUACAGACAACACCAGCAAGGGAAGGAGACCUCCACCAAUCCCAUAGCCUCCAUCUUCGCGUGGUCGCAGGGCCUGCUCCACCGGGCGAAGCUGGACAACAACGCGGAGCUGCGGGUUUACGCCGAGGCGCUGGAGGCCGUGUGCAUCGAGACCAUCGAGGCCGGUUUCAUGACCAAGGACUUGGCCAUCUGCAUCAAAGGGCAGUCAAACGUGAAACGCGCCGACUACUUGAACACCUUCGAGUUCCUGGACAAGCUGGCCGAUAACCUGAAGAUUAAGCUGGCUAACCCGCCCAAACUGUGAUCUCACCGCCCGGCCCCAGCUGUUGGACACGCACGCACGCACGCACACACACACACACGUGUGUGCAGGGGGCCGUGUCCAGGAGGAAGGUCUCUAAUCCCCACUAACCCAUCAGUAGUGGCAGGCAUUAACCGACGGCUCUGUGACCUCGCUCACCCCGAUCGCACCGAGUCCCCCGGGACAGUGUGCGCUGCUGUCAGUGUGCGCUGGUGAUCUGUGCGACAUGCAGGUGCUGUCAGGGGGAGCCUCGGGCCCCUCGCCUUCCCUCGAUGCCUUUUAUUUGUCUUGUGUUCAGAGUCAUCGGUUGAUUCUUGUCACCCGCUUUGUGUCUUGCAAUCUCUUAACAGCUAAAAGCCACGUUUUAAUAUUUUAGUGCCUGCUGGAAAGCACAGCAAGAGCCCCCGGGCGUGGAGGUGGAGGUGGAGGUGGUGGGGCCACAGGGGCCACAGCUUUUAAACCAUUCUCAUUCAUUCCUUUUAACGAUUUUCUUGGGCUUUUAUUAAUGUUUCUUGUCCCUUCUU